AUGCACGUCAAAGGCGAACCAAAUUCCCAAGCCUCGUGCUCCUCCCCGCCCUCGUCCUCGUCCCCUAUCUUCCUCCUCACACUCCCAGAGUACGAGAUCCAAAUCCAUCCCCGCCAGCCGACAUGCCAUACCUGCAAAGAAGUCGCCAUCCGAUUGGUGACCAGCUCGCUGAACAGCAACAACGCCGGCCGACCCUACUACAUCUGCCCCUCGUGCCCGUGGGAGGACCGAUGGGUGUGCUGGGCGGAUACCAAGGGCAUGGCCGCGUGGAACCCGCCUUGCGACUGUGAGCAGCCCUCCAGGCUGGACAUAAUUGGCCAGACCAAGGGGGAGAAGGCUGGAAGGGCAUUUUGGACGUGUGUGACGGGGAGGUGCGGAUACUACUCGGAGAACGAGGAUGGCACGCCCGGGGUGAGUUUCGACGGGGGCUUCUAUCCAUACUAG